CCUGGCAUUGAUCAUUGUCCUUGUCGCACAAGUGGAUCACCUUGCCGAAUUAUUACCCGCCUCUUUCAGUCCUAUUGGUCAUAUACAUGGGGAUACUUGAUAUCGUUAAGGAUGAGAUGCCAGCAAAGGAUUUCGAAAAUAGCUCAAUAAUAAUUGUUCCAAAACCUGGUUUUUGUGUCAAGUUAAAGUCGAAGAAGAAUGAAAAGGUUUUCGUGAACAUAUGUAUUUCCGACAAAGUUCCUGCCCCAAGAAGAAUAACUGAAGAUGAACUAAGAGAAAUCCUUGAUGAUAUUGAGAAUUCCCCACCUUUCAAAGUCCCUAUGUGUAUAGGGGAGCCACACGCUGAAGUUGACUCAGCUCAAAAAGGUUGUACUGCUUAUGAUGUCGCAAUCAAUCCAGAGUUUUAUGAAAAAGUUAAAUCAUCAGAAUUAUUUGAAGCUUUUUUAAUGACAGUGAUUUUUGAAGGCUUAGAAAAUAAGUAUGGAAUUGAUCUUGAAAAAAGCUGGAUUGUUUUGAAAAAUAAAAAAUGUAUGGGUAGACUUCAAGAACAAUGUAUUCGAACUUCUAGUCGUCCGGCUAUCAUAGAAAUGGAUAGUUCAGCAUCGUGUAACCCGAAAGUGAUUGAAUUACCGGAUCCACCUGUCAAAGGUGAUACUCCGAAAUACGAAUUGGUCCAGGUCAACUACGACAACAGUGAAAAGUUACGGUAUUUAAUUGCACGUAUAAGUUUACCAAAACUGGUUUCCAGUAAAGGAUUAGAUUUACAAGUUGGCUAUGAUCUGCUUCAACUUACAAGUCAUGGUGGAAUUUAUUCGUUGGAGCUAACACUCGAUAAACCGGUGGACGAAGAAACCACAGUAGCCGAAUUCAAUAGAGACACAAAAGAUAACUGGUGACUGUUGGUGACGACAUGGCCGAAAAAUUCGUUCUCAGAUAUUCGCAAAUGUAUUCACUCCUUGGUGUCUGCCAAAAACUGAAUAUCCAUAUCUUUCUCUAUGUGAUUACUUUUUUCUCCCAUACAUUCACAUUUAUUACAUUUAUUCUUCCUUUGCCUGUCUUUUAUUGUCUCUAUUUUAUGUGAUAACUUGAAAUUGUUACAUUUUUGUGCCAAGUUCUAUGAUGAAAGUUCAGUUCAGUCUUCAAAGCUACUUUUAGUGGAUUAAGUCUCUGUAUGCUUAUGUGCUCGUCACUUUAAUUUUAAUAGCAUGUCCACUUAGUUCUUUUUUCAGCCUUCGACUUUGCUGUAUACUUUUUACUAUAGUUGAUUAUUAUUAUUACUAUUAUUAUUAAAAUCCACAUAAAUAUACUGAAGUCUCAGUAAAUUAAACUAGUGCUCAUUUGUACAAAGUCGUUUGUUGUUGAUAUCUAGCUAUCUAAUCAUGAUUACUAACCGAGUUUCAUCACUGAGUCCAGUAUAUAACUCACAAAGAAAGAGUGAAUGUAUCUGAACCACUGAGACCAAUUCUGAACCAUAUCAUCAAGUCUCAAACAAUUGGACCUUAUCAACCUGAGGAUCCUGACCCGGAGGUCUACAAUUCCCUGGAAGGUCAGACCAAUCAAGCAGCUAUAGACUUCAUGGACCACUUCUAACUAUUUUCCAAUCUUAUCCUAUGUCGGUUAACAUAGGCUGACGAUGGCCAUGGUGGCUAGGCAUACGGAAGGUAUGCCUUAGCAAUCUCAGUCGUUAUGGCUUCACAGUUUGAUCGAUAAACCUCCCUUCCUGACAUUGCAUUCUAAGCCUAAGCUUGAUAUCAUGUUAUGCUAUUAUAGUGAUAUAUUUCUGAAUGUAUUACGGCGUUUUGUCUUGUUUUUGCACUUAUGUUAUCAUGGAUUUAACUUAUCUGAUUAGUUCUUUUCUUAUUUUAUCAGUGAGUCGAAUCAGAGAAUACAACGGCAAACUGAUUUUUUUCUUAUAGAAGAAAUACUCAAACAGCAUCCGGAAAAUCGGUUACUACUCAUAAGAAUAUUUCAUCACAUUGUAAAGCGUCUCUACUACUUCUUGUCUUUGAACAGAUUUUAUGGGUAUAGUUAAGUUUUAAGACUUUAUUAGGUUGAUAAGUCUUUUUGGAAAGACAGCGAUAUUUCGUAAUUACUUGCACAUAUCCACCCUUGAUAAGAUGCCAAAGUAAGAGGUAAGAGUUAUUCAGUACUUCCUAGCUUUCAAUGAUUAUCUAAGUGACCUCAGUUCUUUGACUAUGUCUACUUUGAAGUGUGCAUUACAGUCUACAUGGUCGGUCCUUAUGUGUACCUAGGACUUAUGGGGGAUAGUUUUAGAUAAAAUGAAUACAUUUAGAAAGUGUAGAAAACAAAAUCAACUCUUGCUCAUAUAAUUUGCUAUUUUUUUUUCAUCAGUAGACACUUUUUUCCCAUUUAUCAACUUUCUUAAUCUACAGAGUGGAGUAUAACUAAUGUUUAUUAUGCAUAAGUUACAAGUUUUUUAUUUUUGCCUUCUUUGAAUGUUGUUUAUUCCUUGUUACUCUUAUUGUCAUCCUUGUUGUCGUCG